AAACGCAUGCAUGCACACAAAGUAAAAAUUGUGCCUACCUGUGUUUGUGUGCCUUACAAAAGCGAUGCUUUAGAAAGAUGUUUGGCUUAUUUGCGCCUAAAGGUAUGCAACCACAGUCGGAUAAGCAAACCGCUAGCAAACUCGCAACAACAACAACAGCAGCUACAGGCACAACAAACAGCAGCAAGCAGCAAACUGGCCAAAUUGCAUCAGCAACAACAACAACCAGCAGCACAGCAGUUGCCCUUACACAACGCCCAAAAGUAAAGGUUAUCAAAAGCAAACGUCCACUCUGCCAUUUUAAAUUCUAUUUGGAUAUUUGCGAUCAUCAGCUAACGAAGCGCAUUGAAAGCGAAAUCAAAGCGCUCGGUGGUGCACUCGAAUUCUUUCUGAACGAAAAUAUAACACACUUCAUCACCGAUAAGACAACAGUGCCAAGCAGCACCACUACCAAUUGCAACAACAAUAGCAUUAGUCGACCGGCCACACCGCAAACACCACCAGUCACACCAAACACACCGCAAACACCCAACGAGGAUGCACCACGCAAUCAGAUUGGAAGCGCCGUCACGCGUAAAACUCGACAAACGCGUGCCGAUGCAAUUCUAAGCCGAGUCCGUCGCCAGCAAAGCAGCAACGCAGCGCCGUCAACACCGACGUCGACGCAGCAAUCUCAAACACCAAGGACGCCCAGUGUAGGAGCUCCAACCUAUACAGUUUGGCAAACGGAUUACGCUCAACGUUUUUUUAAACGCAUACAAACUGAGCUGCGGGAUUAUCUGGAGGGUGAGAAAGCCGACACUCAUCUGACAACCAACAAAAAGAACAGUAACAACAGUGCUGGCAACAACAACAAUAACGCACAUCUCAUACAAUUGAAGGGGAGCUUCAUUAAGAUAGAGUCGAUUAAACGCAAUUAUCGACCUUAUUAUCAUUUAAUCAAGAAGCCUGACGAGUGGCCAAAAAUUGAUCUGAAAAGUGAGGACGGUGCGUUUCGUUUACAAGCCAAACCGAAAUUAGCAUCAGGUCAGCUGCCGCAGAGAAUGACACGCAAGUCUGUGGGCUCGCGAACAUCGCAACGUCAACAACAGCAACAGCGGGACGGAGAAAAACCGGAACAGCAACCAGCCCAACACGCCAAAGUGCAGGCAUUGAAAAAGAACUCCAUUAGUACUACACCCGGUAGUCCUAGAAGUCGUCUGCCACAAUCGCAUUGCCGAGAGCUGAAGGAGAGCAGCGAUAAACAGUGUGGAGUGUGUGAGAUCUGUAAAAUCGAAUACGAUACGCUAACCGUGCACCUACAGACCAAGGAUCACGAAAGUUUUGCAAAUAACGCAGAAAAUUUUAUAGCGCUCGAUACGCUAAUACAAACAUCGGCAGAUCUAAAUAAGUUCUUGACCGAGGAGGUGCAAGCAAAUAGAGGGAUAGAACAAGAAGACGACGAAACAGAACAAAUAAGAGGAGGUGAAGAAGAGGAAGACGAAGAGCACGGAAACGUUUUGUGCAACGAAAUGGAAGUGGAUGAGCUGUUAUGCGACAGCGCCAUUACAAACACAACUAACAAUCACACACCAACGCUUGACCCCUUACGACACAGUCCAAGUGGCGAUGUGUCCCGAGGCGGACGUCCCUCACCUGCCUUGCGUGAGAAAUCUAAACGCACUACAAAAGGCAAACACUCAUCCGAGAAGUUCCAUGCAACAACACCAACGCCAGCAACGCCCUCCCCCAAACAUUCACCUACAAAGUCACACGGCAGUGGGAGUGGUGGUACAAAGAAGGCGACACCAGGCAGUUUAUUGGAGUUGCAACGAUUAGAACAGGCAGCCAGCAACUCUGCUGUGGCUGCAACUACACCGGCGACAACCGCAACGAGACGAAAGACACAAAACUCGGCAGUAUCACCACCCAUACGCGCUAUGUUGCCACCGUCCUCGCUCUACAAGGUUGUGGAGACUACCGAUGUGUGUGCGACACCUCCGCGAGGUCGGCGCGGUGCUGCGGCCGCUAACAGCACAAAUGUGGACUCACCCUCUCUAAUUGUCAAGUUCCAAAAGGUACGGCAAUCAGAACUCGCGCGGCUUAACGGAGAAGCAGAAAAUUUCAUGUUUCCCAAGGCGGCGCGCAGUAGCAGCGAACUGCCUACGGAUGUGGACCGACAGACGACAUCAGAUAGGGCGCGAAAUAGCAUAUCUUCGGCUAGUUUGGACAGCACCAGCGAAGCGGACCCCGUGACCAUGCCAGAGCCUGUAACAGCCAAAGGAAGACGCGCCAUAGCGGUUCCCAAGCGCCGAAAGGGAGUUAUGCCCACGACGACGCUGUUGCAACGACAGCUCUCCACAGGGAGCACAAGCAGCAGCAGCACGGGGGCCCAGCAGCAGCAACAGCAGCGCUUUCCAAGCGCCCCCAUCCAGCCAGAGACGCAACAGCAAGUGUUAGAUCAACAACGUCCAGCCAGCAAACAGACUGAGAAACCAACAACGCCAGCUGCAGUGCCAGAGGCAACGCGUAAAAGCAGUCGCACAGCCACGGCAAUUGUUACAGCAGCAACUGCCAGUAGUCAGUUGUUGCGAGCCGCCGUAGAGGCGGCAAAGCACGGCAAACGGCGAUACCGAAGGCGCAAGCCCUUGGAGACGGUCACAUCAGAAAAAAGAACGGCUGGAGGCAGACAAGUUGCCAAACUGGAGGAUUGGAUGGGGGAGCAGCGACAAGACAAAGGAAAAGAUCGAAGCGAGGAUGAAGUGGAACCCGAGCAAAACCACGAAGAUGACAAUGAUGACGAUGAUGAUGAUGAGGAGGAGGAAGAAGACGAGGAGGAUGAUGAUGGAAGCGAUGAGGACUUUGUGAUUAGCCGGCAGUCCAAAUCGCAAACAGCGCCAACUGCAAUUCAACGUGUCGAUACACGUGAAGAGCGCGCAGCGCGUCGCCUAUCAAGACUGACCAUAAAUCGUAGUGCAGGUGAAUUGGAGCCGCUAGCGCUUCCAUUGGACUCACACUCGCCAGAAGCUAAAUCGACACCAAAUCGGCGAGGCGGUCGUGUGAAAAGUCAAAAGCCCACAACUCCUAAGAGCAAGCAACAGCAGCAGACGCAGCAGCCACAACAGACUUCGCCACAGAGCUUUGACUUCACCAAAAGCGAGCGUUUGCAGAAAAUCCGAUAUGCAUUUGAACAGAUGCCCAGCUCGGAGCUGUGGCAUCGUGUCUUCAUGCGUCAGGAUGCGGCCGAGGAAAACUAUUACACAUAUUUUGGGUCGACAGAAUAUUGCAAACUGCCUUACGAAAUGGGACCCAUUCCGUUCGAGCGUACGCUGCCUAAGCUCCCGCACAGAUGUGCGUUAUGUCCGCGCGUAGAGGAGAAGGAGCCUGUUAAGCCGGAGGAGCCAAAGCAAGAGGAACAAGUUAUAAGCAACCCUACCGCCACAAUCUCGAAGGCCACAGAAACUGAAACGGGCGUGUAUAAGCACAAGAAGCUGCAUCUGUUGCAGCGUUACCAACUAGAGCAGCAACAACAGCAGGAGCAGCUCGGUGAGCCAAGCGAAAUGAAUGCCAAUGCCGCGCUCACACUCAACACCACUGCCAUACCCAAAUGUGAUAGCAAGGCGAGCACUCCGGAGCUGCUGGAGCGCGACUUUGUACCGCUAAGUGAGCGUACCCAUGUCAUAGGUCGCCUGCGUGCCGACUCUACGCAAAGCAGCACUAGCAGUAGCUGCAGCACCACUGCAUCGGGAAACAAACCGGCAUAUCGUAACAAACAGCUGCAGCGCAUAGCAGAACUACCGCCUCGGAAGUCGCCUAGAGAACAUGCGUCAACGCUGGCUUUAGUUAGCUGUAUCAUCCGACAGCGACAGGAUUCGCAGAGUAAGACCAACUCAGAGGUGGACGAGCCAAUUAUAGAGCAGCAGCAACCUGAAACAACGGACUUGAAGAAGCUAAGAACGCCUAUAAAACAGGAGACGUCUGCUGUUGUAUCCUGCCCCUCCCCACGCACCACACGCUCACAGGCUGCUACGCCCGUGGAAGAGCUGCGCUUUGCCACCGAGAUCUCUGAGACUGUGAAACGCAUGCGACGCGGCCAAAAUAAAUAUGAUCACUCCCCGCCAGUUCCACCUCCACGUCCAGCGACUGCUUCACGUUCCCCUCGAGGUCGACGUCCUGCCAAUACACCAGUGGUGGCAUCGACCACUCAACCACUUGUAAGUUGCAGCGGGCACAGUUACUCGAGGCGCCUACAGUUUGCAACACGACGUGAAUUGCCAGCCAGCGUGCUGCUCGGCAAAAGGACGAAGCGACGUAAUCAGCCGAAUACGCGAAUACAGCAGGGCACAGUAAACAACAACGCCAACAAUGGUGGUUAUGCGCCUGGCGUGCGUAAACUCCCCACCAAGAAGGGUGUGCUCGAAUUCGAGAUAGACGCGAUUGCGCUCAGGAAGUUAGAUGCGAAUCUGAAGCCCCAUCUGAGCGCAAGACUAGCUGCCUGGCAGCUGGACAAAUACUUGGAGUUGGCUGGCAAGGAAUACGAUUUGGAUUCGGAGCUCAUUGAACUGAACUCAACCAUACCAACGGCAACAGCAAACUGUGAGCUGCGAGCGGACACACAAACUCCACCUCCAACAGAUUGUUUCACUAGCGAUUUCGAUCUAUGCGACCUGUUGAUGGGUGCUGGUAGCGGGGAAGAGGAUGAGCCCACUGUCUCAGGCUUUCGACGUUCUAGCCAAGGCCUCUAUAGCAGCGCCGCCAUGCAAAGUUAUUACCGUAAGCGCAAGAGUCUGAAAUCGAAUCGAACAGGUUGGCCCUCGCAAAAGAAACGGCGCUCAGCGACGAACGGGCGUCAAAUGCCGGAUCAACGCAUCAGUUUCCAAAAGAUUGGAAUAUGUGUACAGGAGGAUCUAACGAAACAACAACUGCACAGGAUAAAGCAAGAGGCGUUGGAAACAGAGGAGGAACAAACGACGACCACAACAACGGCGGAUAAGGUACACAGUCAAACGACGCGUGAUGACAACGACGAGGAUGAUGAUGAAGAUGGUAGUUCGGGCGGCGGUGGAAAUACGAAGGAUGCGCGGGGGGAUGGCGUCAUGACUCCACCAGCUACAGAUGUGGAUGAACAAGGCGCCGACACUGCAGAUAAGAACGACGAUGCUGAGGAUGAGGAAGACGAAGAGGAGAAUGUAGCUGACAGCAUAAUGGAAGAUGAUGAAUCCGUUGAGGAGUUACAAGACGAUGAGGCUGAGAUCGAAGCAACCGAUGCCGAUGUGGAGGAGGCGGGCGAGGAUGACGACGACGACGAUGAUGAUGAUGAUGUAUACGAAGACGCCUUCGAGCAUCAACAGCACAAGCAAAAUGGUGAUAGAGGCAACCACAAAGAAGAUGCUUUCAAGGAUUGCUCCGAUGAGCCACCCGCCAAGCGCAGUCGUUUACAACAAGCCACACCCAUUGACGCUUCUAUGGCCAACGUUGAUGAAGACAGCCCCGGCAAAAAGGUGCUAAUUGCCCUGCAUAAUACCAAUGGACAUUUGCUCAGUACCUCCACUCCCAGCACGCAAUUGGCGCGCCAACACCAGCGACGCACUCCACAGCUAAAUGGAAGUCUCGGUAGUUGCAUUAGUCCGAGCGAAAAGUUGGGCGAUAAUUCGGACAUAUUUACCGUCUCAUCCGAUGGCCUCGACACUGAUCUGGAUCUGAGCAAUACGCAGGCUGGUGAUGAGCACCAGUGUCCCCAUCAGACGCCCAAACGUAAAUUCGACAUCUCUAAAUAUGCACCGCCAAAUAAUGGCAAAGCGGCCAGCAGUUGUGCGGCUGAAGCCGCGACCGCAGCUGCCAAAUCUCUAGCCAUAUCGCAGUUUUUGAAGAAGGAAGUUCGCGUCACGUGUCGACGUUUGAGGGCGCCCUUUAGACGCUUUCGAUAUCGUCGCUAAAUAAUAGCCUGAAGUUUCAUUCGUUUUUUUAACUUUAAAGCAUUGUGAAGCCAAUAAGAAUGUUCAUAAGUUCCCAGGACAUCUCAUCUUUGUAAAUUUGUGCAUCAACACACACACACGAUUAUCAUACAACUAGCCUAAUUGAAAAACUAAAAACCAACAUAACGCAAAGAUCGUGAGCAAAUAAAUACGUACAUAAGUUUAGAUUAAAUACUAGCUUAGCGCAAAUUCAGUUUUAAAUGGCCAUUGCUCUUUUGCCACCCAGAAAAUAAAUGAACUACAUACUUAUUAGUUUGCAUACCAACACUUAUUCCAAUUUCACCGCAUUGCCCAACACUACUCAAAUCAUUUUAACCAUAUAUGUAUGUAUGUAGGCAAGUAUAAUUAGUAAUGUAAUUAAUUUUCUUUGCAAUUUUUUAUGUACAACUAGUUAAAUGUAA